GGGGGAUCCAACUAUUCUGUCUUUCAGCUCAGCAGAGCUCAUAUUACUGCUUCAACUCUACUUCCCUCGCUUUUCCCCCUUGCUGACCGCUGGCCUGAUUUGCUCUCUGGGGUAGUGAACAGGAUCAGCAGAGGCUGCCAAGUGUUCGACGAGUGGUGGAGUGGUCAGAGGCAGCCGGAGUCAUGGCCGUACCCCAGGUGCGGAGUGUGUGUUUGGGGCUCUGGGUGCUCCUUCUCCUCGGUGUGGGCAUGGAGGGACUAGUGGAAGGAUGUAGCUGCAACCCAGCGCACCCUCAGCAGCUCUUCUGUAGCGCUGAGAUAGUGAUAAGGGCAAAGAUCUCUGGGGAGAAAAUUGUGUCUCCUAGCAACAGCUCCUCACCUUACAUGAAGAUGAUCCAGUAUGAAAUAAAAAUGAUCAAGAUGUUCAAAGGUUUUGAAAAGGCCAAGGAUAUCCAGUAUGUCUACACGCCAGUCUUCUCCUCACUGUGUGGAGUCAAACUUGACUCGAACAAUAAGGCAGGAUACUUACUAUCAGGAAGUAUGUGGAGUGAUGGGAGGAUUUCGAUUGGACAAUGUGACCUAGUAGAGCCAUGGGACAACUUAUCAAUGUCACAGAAGAAGAAUCUCAACUACAGAUACCAGAUGGGCUGUGAAUGCAGAAUCAACACCUGCUACACAGUGCCGUGUGCCUCUACAGGAGAUAAUGAGUGCCUGUGGACGGACUGGCUGCUGGAUAACAGCCUAAAUGGGGAGCAGGCUCGGCAAUAUGCCUGCGUCCGCCGCUCUGACAGAACCUGUAGCUGGUACCGGGGUGGGCCGCCCCCUGAGAAAGACUUCCUGGACAUGACCGACCCCUGACCUGUAAUCUUGACCCCCAUCUCUCUCCACUGACCCAUAUAACGCCAGGCUCACUUUAGAAAAUGUUUCUCCACUGCUUUGGCUUACAUAGCUCAAAAUUUGGCUGCCAGUGCUAAUAUUAUGUAAAGUAGUAAUUGAUUUCAUUGAAAACAUGACAGAUCCUUCAUGCAUGGGUGCAUAAUUUCAGUGCUGAGCUUUUGUUAGCAGUUCAUUUGGUUGAUUGCCACAGCAUCGCUAUUUUUUUUUUUUUUUUUUGAUAAAAUGCAGGGGAUUAAAAGACUCCUCCAACUCCCGCUGUCAUACAUUCCACCUCCCUUACUCUCUUCCUCUCUUCCAAAUACAAAAUAUAAAUAGCAGCUGACCAGCCACUGCAAAUUAUUGGCUUCAGGUGUGAAUUGUCCAUAACCCCUGAGGGCCUGACACUAGAUGAAUAACCUACCAAGUUUGAGGCAUUAUCAUAAGGGACUGAGGCAGUUUGUUCUGUAAAAAAUAUUACUGACACCCAAUUUCCAUAACCCAUGUCACAAGCUUGUACUGCACAGAAUACUCAACAAGCACCAAUCUUCUCCAAGCUAAAGUCAAGUUUUGCAGACACAGUGCAGAUGCACAGCCUCUGCCACCCACUGGUAUUUUUCUUCUUUUGUUUUAAACCAUCCCAUGCAAUUAAAAAUGUACUGUAGAUAUUUUAUUAUAAAUGCAAUGGAACACCAUACAUUCUCCAUUUUUAAUAAACAAUUUUGACAAAAUUCAACACAAGAAUUAUAUAUACGACGAAUUCUUGUGUGAAAUUUCUCUUGUUAUGAGAAUGUAAAUAUUGUAUUUGAAUGGGAAUUAACAUUUCAAGCUAACUGCAUUUUGUCUUAGUGAAGAGGUUCUUAUCUUGGUUUUGUGGUUUUGUUUGCUCAGUUUCCUUGUUUGAACUCUGUACUACUUCCUGUGCCAAAAAUCUAAUCCUGCGCUUUAACAACAGCAUUGCCACCUGUAGAGGCCGCCUCUCAUUUGAGGACAUUAUAUAACAGGACAAGGUUCAAUUCACUUAUUUUUCCUUGAAUUUGUCAACAUUCAAAUAUAGAACAUAUGUAAACUCUGGCAUGUGAGAUUAUCUAAAUACCAGAGGAAUAAUUGAGAAUACUUAGUCAGUUAUCUUUAGUGUUUUUAUGGGAAUUUUUAACACAUUGAAUCAAAUGUGAAUUGAUCCCUGUCUUGUUACUGAGGCACUUUACUGAAGUCAUACAGUUUAAAAUGCAUUCUGACCUGCUGUGUUCACUCAUGAGCCACCAUGGGAGGAUCAUUUUAGCGCCCCACACAACAAUCAAAUAGUCUCAUAUUAAUCCUUAGGAAGUGUAGGACAAGUAUUAUGAAACAUCCUAAAUUCCAUUCUGAAAUGUGUUGAUAAUCCAAACUAAUUAAUUUCAUGGUUGAUAUGAUCACAAUGCAUCAUUAACUGUAUGGCUUCAGUUAAUUGUUAUCAAGUAUUUCUUGUUUGUUUUAUAUUGAAUGGACUGUUUGGGUUUGUAUUUAUGUCUGUUUCUGUCAAUAGAGUUUUCUA